UGAUUACCACUAAACACAUCAAAAACUUUCUUAAAUCACCAUUUAGAACACGAGUUGACUCUGAGUUCUCCAAUAUCCAUCCAUCAAUGGCGUCCUUCAACCACUCACUACUCAUCGCUUUGAUCUCAAUCUACCUCUCCGCCACCGCCACCGCCAUCGCCACCAUAUCAGGCUCAGACAUCCACGAUAUCCUCCCAGAAUUCGGCCUACCAAAAGGCAUCCUCCCUGACGCAGUCGAAUCCUACACACUCUCCCCCUCCGAUGGCGCCUUCACCGUCCAGCUCACACGUCCUUGCUAUGUUCAAUUCGACGAUCAGACAGUCUACUAUAGCAAGAACAUCCAAGGCAAGUUGACUUACGGCUCGGUCUCCGAUGUCUCUGGUAUUCAAGCCAAGCAAUUCUUCUUGUGGCUAAGUGUUACCGGUAUGGAUCUGGAUACUAGUUCAAAUAUGAUCGAGUUUCAUGUUGGAGUUUUGUCCAAAAAAUUGCCUGCUGAUAUGUUCUUGGUGGUGCCUGAUUGUAAGAGCAAAGCUUGCCAACACAAAGUUCAGUCCCAAUCGAUUUAAAUCGAAAGGUUUAAAUCACACUUCAUUCAAUGAUACCAUUUACUUUUUUAUGCUUAGAAGUCAAGAAAUCUUCUCCCAAUCCCAAGUGUAAUCUCUGUAAAUGUGAUGUUCUUAUGGUGUCCCUUUUGGAUAAAUAAAUACUUUUCAUUUAUUUUCAAA